AUGCAGAAGCGUAAAAUUAAUAUAGAUUUUAUAAUGGAUUUGCAAAAUAACUACAGUAGAUCUGGAAAUUCUAAUUUUCUGACGUCAAAUUAUUCAGAAUUAGGACUAGAGGCUUCUCAGGAAUCAUUAAUUGUGCAUCCUCAAAACUCUACCCCACCAAUCCAGAUUCCGUUAACAUCGUCAUCAGCAUGCCAUGUCGAUCCUCGGUUUAAAGAUAAAGUCUGAAGAGAAAACAUCUACGAGAUUAAGCAAAACGACCUAAAUUCCUAUAAUAUCCCUUCACUUACUACCCAGAAUGAGAGAACUCUUACUUAAUAGUAGGGUUUUUAGAGUAGAAUUUCAAAUAAUAAUUUUUAUGUGAGUAGAUCGAAAGCUGCUUAUUUUGGGAGCUUUCAGAAAAAAUGUCCAAAAUGCAAUCUUGGGCUUUUACCAUCCAAUAUAAAUAAUUUUCAAUUAUUCAUAUAAAGUUUGCUAUUUGAAAUUCCCACAAAAUGAGCAAGAAUAUUACUUGGGAGAGUUAAAACGAAAAAGCUUAAUAUUAUUAUUGAUUUAGAAUCAAUGAUCUAUAAGAUUCAUCCGAAAGUUUCUCACAAUCUUAAACUUAAAUUAGCAGAUGGCCGUGGCUAUAGUGAUUAUGCAGACACCAAGGACCCUUGAGCGAAGGGUUCAUCCGCUUUGCGACAUUCCUUGCCGGAAGCUUGAUCGAUUGAGAUAGCUCACUGGCAAGAAAAGCAUCAGCACCAUCUUGCUCCUUCUCCGGCCCCUGAUGCCAUGAGGUCCUGAAGUGAUGUGCGCUGAGAACGUCUCCUCCUUGCCUUAAGGAUUCAGUGUUGAGAGGGCAGGCAAGGACAUCUGCGGUCCUGCAUUGCGUUAUUGGGAAGUAGCUUGAUCUAGGGAGCAAAUCUGGAGUCUGUUGGAGUUGGGCUCCUUGCCCUCAGUCGCUAAAAAAAACAGCCUUAAUCCCUGAAGUUCCUGGUAUCUCGGUGAGUUCCACCCUUACCUUCCAAAGGAUAUCGGCUAACUCUUUCGAACUAUAGGAACUAAGACAAAACCUUCCCAAAUAUGCACAAAUCCAAUUGCGUCAAGAACUCGGGUGCAAUUAGGUCAUCGUUUUUAUGUAUAUAAAGUUUCACAAUCAAGAAACAAUACAGGCGGAAAUUAAGAGGCUAAGAAAUCAAUAUCACCAAUGCUUUAAAUCGAUUUAUUUUUCUGCUGGGAGUGUGUAUUAUAUUAUAGCUAUUCGGCACAAUUUAGACUCUUUUUUGAGAAGCCUAAAUCAAAAAGCAAUUUUACAUUUAAUUACGAAGAUUAGUGACAAUUAUUUGCAUGAAAUUCUCAAGGCAGUUGACCCAUAUUGAAAUUACUUCCAAGGUAGAGUUCAUCACUCAAAAAGUGCAGAAAGAUCACUAUCAGAGCUUGGACUUGAAUCAAAUGAUACUUUAGCUUAAAUGCAAACUUAAUAUCAAUACCGCAUCAUUUAUCAGCGCUUCCAUCUGCCAGACAUCUGCUGGCUUCAAUGCUUAAUGGUUCAAUAGCUUUUAACAUUUAGAUUUCUAACUGUCUUCCAGUUCUUGAGCCAACCAAUUUGUGUCCUUGAGGCAUCCUAAUACCCCAGUCUCAACCGCCUAGGGGUUGGUGGUCUCUUUUUCCUAAAGACAGGAGUCUUACGAGGCAAAAAUAAUCAGAUAAAUUCACUGGCUGGAGCUUGACCAAAAGAGGAUUUUUAGCUCUGGAUUAUUGAAAACCCAAUGAAGUCAUAUUUUUUAAUUCUGAUCCAAAUGAUACACUAAUUAUUGAUACUAAUAUAGGACACUGGAGAAUGGAAGAUCAAGGUAAUGUUAUCCAAAGCAUGAAAUAUAUUCCUUGUCCUCAAGAGCACAGUGAAUAUGAAAAUUCAAGUAAAUAUCAAGAGCUGGUUAAGUCCUACACUUACUUUAAAGGACUAACUGUAGUUGAUGAAAAAAAAUUAUUUAUUGACAAAGAAGAUCAGUUUCCGUGCAUACUUAAAAUUGUGAGUAAAAUUCACAAGGCCAGAUUCUUGUGAUUUUACACCAAGGGAGUUUCAGAGCUUUUUCAAAUUUUGAAAAGCCAAGUUCUCAAAGGAAAAAGCAUUUUUUUCCUAACUCCUAAGGGUAAGAAACUAUUUUUUGUUCAUUCACAACAGUAUUAAUUUGUGUUAAUAAUUUCCAGAAAGGAUUUACUUUUGAAUUAUUUUAAAUUUAAAAUUUAGCAUAAUUUUUAAUAAAAAUUAUUGCUUUAUAAAAUUUUCAUGCUCAACCGCAGGGGGAAUAUGUGGAAAUGAAGAAGCCAUAGAUGUUAAAAUAGAAGUUUAUCGUGCAAUUGUUGAAAGUCUCGGUGGAACUGUAAUAGGCUCAAGCUGUGAAGCAGAUUAUAUAAUUUCAGACGAAAAUGCAUCUACAAUUCCUGGCAAAUUCAAGAAAUCGGAAUGGUUAAUUUCAAAAUUUUUCAAGUUAAUCUAA